UUCCAUCACCCUCGGCAACUCACGGAAUUCAGAAUUAUACAAGAACAGCCGGAGCUUGCUGGACAACAAGCCGAGACAGGGCCAAAAACGGACUCAACGAGAGUAUCAGACACAAACACGAGAAUCGAUUCAUCAAUCGGCCUUUACUACCUCCAAAAAGACUUUGUAACAUGUUCUGACAAAGACUGGAUCUUUGCGCGUUUUUCAAGUAAAUAA